AUGGACCCAGCUGUAGCCCUGGUGCUCUGUCUCUCCUGUUUACUUCUCCUUUCCCUCUGGAGGCAGAGCUCUGGGAGAAGGAAGCUCCCACCUGGCCCCACUCCUCUCCCUAUAUUUGGAAAUAUCCUACAGUUAGAUAUUAAGAACAUCGGCAAAUCUUUAACUAAUCUCUCAAAAACCUAUGGCCCUGUGUUCACUGUGUAUUUGGGCAUGAAGCCCGCUGUGGUGUUGCAUGGAUAUAAAGCAGUGAAGGAAGCACUGGUUGAUCAUGGAGAGGAGUUUUCUGGAAGAGGUAGUACCCUACUGAUUGAAAGAUUUGCUAGAGGACAUGGAAUUGCUUUCAGCAAUGGAAAUAGGUGGAAGGAGAUACGGCGCUUCUCCCUUAUGACCCUGCGGAAUUUUGGGAUGGGCAAGAGGAGCAUUGAGGAACGUGUCCAAGAGGAGGCCCGCUGCCUUGUGGAGGAGUUGAGAAAAACCAAGGCCUCACCUUGUGAUCCUACUUUUAUGCUCAGCUGUGCACCCUGCAAUGUGAUCUGCUCCAUUAUUUUCCAGAAUCGUUUUGAUUAUAAAGAUUAGAAUUUCCUUAACUUGAUGGAAAAAUCAGAGGAAAACACCAGAAUUCUGAGCUCUUCAUGGGCACAGAUCUGCAAUAACUUUCCUGCUCUUAUUGAUUAUUUCCCGGGGAGUCAUAACAAAUUUUUUAAAAAUGUUGCUUUUCUGAAAAGUUAUAUUUUGGAGAAAGUAAAGGAACACCAAGAAUCAUUGGAUGUUAACAACCCUCGGGACUUUAUUGAUUGCUUCCUUAUCAAAAUGGAGCAGGAAAAGUACAACGAACAGUCGGAGUUUACUUUUGAAAACUUAGUAAGCACUGCACUUGACUUUUUUGGAGCUGGGCUAGAGACAACAAGCACAACCCUGAGAUAUGCCCUUUUGCUCCUGCUGAAGCAUCCAGAAGUCACAGUGAAGACUCAGAAAGAAAUCAACCACGUGGUUGGCAGACACCGGAGCCCCUGCAUGCGGGACAGGAGCCGCAUGCCCUACACGGAUGCCAUGGUGCAUGAGGUCCAGAGAUACAUUGACCUUGUCCCCAACAACCUCCCUCGUGCAAUGACCUAUGAUAUUAAAUUCAGAAAUUACCUGAUCCCCAAGGGCACAACAAUAUUAACAUCCCUAACAUCUGUGCUGCAUGACUGCAAGGAAUUCCCCAACCCAGAAACGUUUGACCCUAGCCACUUUCUGGACGACAGUGGCAAUUUUAAGAAAAGUGACUACUUCAUGCCUUUCUCAACAGGAAAACGGAUUUGUGCAGGAGAAGGACUGGCCCGCAUGGAGCUGUUUUUGUUUCUGACCUCCAUUUUGCAGAACUUUAAAUUGAAAUCUCUGGUGGACCCAAAGGAUAUUGACACCACCCCAGUUUUCAAUGGACUUAUUUCUCUGCCACCCUUUUACCAGAUCUGCUUUAUUCCUUUUUAAAGUAGGGCAGAUGGUGUGGCUGCUGCUGUGCUGGCCCAUGUAUCUCCCUCUCCUCUAGGGCAUCAUUUAACCCCUUUCCACUAUCAAAGAUGCUUUCUCUUUCUCACAUCUCCACAUUCCCUCUAUCCUGCGGGCAUCAUAGCUCAUAUUAGGAGGAUUUCCUUACUCAAACAUGCUUACUACUCCUAGAGUAGGAAUAUUCUAUAACCCCUGUAUUGAUCGCUACAUAUACUAACCUUUACCUAAUACUGAGUCAUUAAUGUUCUCACUGUAAAAGAGGGAAAACGAUUAGUGUGUGAUAAUUCAGACUUAUUUCUCUUGUCUGUUUUAAAUAUAUGCUGUUAUUAAUUGUUAGGUGAGUUCUCAGACUUUCCUUCUUUUGUGCACAAAACAAGUAAAAUAUAAAUGAAAACAGAGUCCCAGGAGGCCAGGCUGGUGCUCAAAAUGAUAAGCAAAGAGAAGGACAUAGGGGAAAAGCGUAGAGAAGCGCUCUUGGCUGCUGCCACCUAAAGUUACUCUAUUGAAGGAAAAUCUGUGAUCAGAAGUAAAUCAAACCUGUAGGGAC